AUGGCUUCGGUUGCUUCCGCGUCGCCAUCUUGUUUUAUUCACAAUGAAAUGAAUGGCGUUGUGCUAUUAAAGUUGUGUGAUGAUUUGUACUAAUUGAAGUGUAUUUUUCUAAUUUUUUAAGUGAUUUUGUGGUAAAGUAAUAAUUGAAGACAAAUAAUUGCGUUUCUUGUCAACGGUAUUUGAUUUCAACUUCAAUCAUGGGCCGAGGAAGAGAUCGCAGCCGUGAUAGGCGUCGCAGUCGCAGCAGGAGCAGGAGUAGGAGCCGCAGUCGAAGUCCACGUUAUGGUCUCGGUUCGGGCGGUGGCGGCGGCGGCGGCGGAGGUUAUGGCGGCGGGCGUAGGAGUAAUCCCGGUGCCAGCUUGCGAAAACCGAAAUGGGACCUAAGCAGGCUGAAACCAUUCAAAAAAGACUUUUAUGUACCUCAUAUUGAUGUGGAAAACAGGCCAGAAUCUGAAGUAGAAGCUUGGAGAAGUGACAAUGAGAUCACUCUAAAAGGGCGCAAUAUACCUAAACCAACGAUGACAUUUGAUGAGGCAGGUUUUCCCGAUUAUGUUAUGGAUGAGAUUGAUAAAAUGGGAUUUUCCAAACCAACCCCAAUUCAGGCUCAGGGCUGGCCUAUUGCGCUCAGUGGAUGUGAUAUGGUCGGUAUCGCCUCCACGGGAUCUGGCAAAACUCUUUCUUACAUUUUACCAGCAAUUGUACACAUUAAUAACCAACCGAAAUCUAGUAGAGGUGAUGGUCCAAUAGCUCUUGUGUUGGCACCCACUAGGGAAUUAGCCCAACAAAUCCAAGAAGUAUGUGACAAAUUCGCUAACACAUCUAAGAUUCACAAUACAUGCUUGUUUGGUGGAGCUCCUAAAGGCCCUCAAGCAAGAGAUUUGGAUGCUGGUGUUGAAAUUGUAAUUGCUACACCUGGACGUCUCUUAGAUUUUCUUGAAAGUGGAAGAACUAAUUUGAAAAGGACAACAUAUUUAGUGCUUGAUGAAGCUGACAGAAUGUUGGACAUGGGUUUUGAACCUCAAAUUAGGAAGAUUAUUGAGCAAAUCAGGCCUGAUCGCCAAACACUUAUGUGGUCUGCUACAUGGCCUAGAGAAGUUCAAAGUCUGGCUGCAGAAUUCUUGAAGGAUUACCUUCAAAUUAAUGUUGGCUCAUUACAAUUGGCUGCUAACCACAACAUCUUGCAAAUUAUUGAUGUCUGUAUGGAAUAUGAAAAAGAAACUAAACUGAGUACCCUACUAAAGGAAAUAAUGGCUGAAAAAGAAAACAAAACAAUCAUUUUUAUUGAAACUAAGCGUCGGGUUGAUGAUAUCACAAGAAAAAUGAAGAGAGAUGGAUGGCCUGCUGUGUGUAUUCAUGGAGAUAAGUCACAAAAUGAACGUGAUUGGGUUUUACAAGAUUUUCGUAGUGGGAAAGCUCCCAUUCUAGUUGCUACGGAUGUAGCUGCUAGGGGUUUAGAUGUUGAUGAUGUCAAAUUCGUAAUAAAUUUCGAUUACCCAAGUAAUUCUGAAGAUUAUGUGCAUCGUAUUGGCAGAACAGGACGAACAAAUAAAACUGGCACAGCCUAUACAUUUUUCACUCCAUCAAAUGCAGCUAAGGCAGCCGAUCUUGUAGCUGUAUUGAAAGAGGCGAAACAAGUAGUCAAUCCUAAAUUACAAGAGCUAGCUGAACGCGGUGGUGGAGGUGGGAGACGACACCGAGGCCGUGGCGGCAGAUACCGCCGUGGACGCCGCUCUCGCUCGCGGUCGCGGUCCCGCCGUCGCCGCUCCCGCACACGCUCUCGCUCCCGCGACCGUCGCCGUAGACGCCACAGCUCGUCCAGAUCAUCGCGAAGCCGGUCGUCGAGGUCGUCAAGAAGUCACUCCCGCUCCCGUUCCCGUUCGCGUAGCCGUUCUCGUUCAGGCAAGUGCAGCCCCCAGAAGAAUUCUACGGAUUCGGGCCAACAACAGCCGCCCCAAGCUCUUCUUCCCACGCCGAAACCGCUUUUGCCGACUCCUAUUGGUCCUCAGCUUCCAUCCGCUCACAUUAGCAAAGGGCCCUCUACCCCUCCCAUUGAAAAUAACGUUCCUCACUCUGUUAGAAACGUUCAAAAUAAUCCCGUAAGUAAUGGUAAUGCCAGUUAUAUGCCGCAACCAAAUCAAAUACCACCUCUGAUGGCACUUAAUCCUCAAAUGAACAUGUGUGUACCUCCCCCAAUGAAUGGGCAGGGUUUUGCAAUGCCUCCUUAUUUUCCGGCCGAUCAGUACGGUAUGAUGAUGCCGAAUUUCCCUGCGGCCAUGCUUCCACCGGGUGGCUGGGCAGCUCCGCCCCCGCCUCCUCCUCCCCCUCCGCCCUCAGAGUCCUCGGCUAAUGGCAGUCACGAGCAAAGGGGCCCUGGGCAAAGUGGCCACGAGUCAGAUUCCAGAAAACGCGGGGCUCGCUCUGGCGGGCUCGGUGGAUCAGGCGGCUAUGGUCCCGCCGCGGGCGGACUGGGCUCCGGCGGCGGGCUCGGGUCGGCGGGCGCCGGGCCCGGUGGCGGCGCCGCGCUCGGCAGCGGCGGCGGGCUGGGCUCGGGCGGCGGGCUCGGCUCGUCCGGCGGCCUUGGUGCCGACGGCCCGCCCGGCUCCCGCUCCCGCGGCCGCGAUCGGCGGCGCCGCGGCAGAGGCCGGGAUUACGACGACUUAGAUUCUGCUGGGUCGGGAGGUCUCGGCUCGGCAGGACUGGGUGACGGCGGCGGGCUGGGCCAGCCGCCUGGCGGCGGCUACAGUUCUGGCGGUCUCGGUGUACCUCACGGGAGCCUUUUGCCGCGCAUGCUUCCUCCGAGCGGCGUCGAUGCUGUUGGGCCGCAGGGCGCAAAUUUUACUGCGUUCGGGUCUUAUGGAUCUAAGAGUAUUAAGCAGAAUAGUAAUAUGCAAGGAGACGAGAGUGGCGAAGGUUACAACAAUGCUGGUUGUAGAAUGGAUUAUUAUGGUCCACAAAAUAUGGGACCCGGCCGGCCAUUUGGUCUCGGUAUGGACCAGAUGGGUUCCAACGGUGCGCUGGCUAAUGGCUCCGUGGGGUACAAUAACGACCGCCAGAGAAAUCGCCGACGAUGAAUACGACUGAGAAAAUGGAUACAAUGGCGAUUCUCGUCGACGCAGAAGACGUUAAACGGCACUUGAAUGUAAGAAGUAAGAAACUUAGUUACUUAAGAUUUGACGCAGACUAUUUGAUUUCCAUUCCAUGUUGUAUUUAUUGAAUGUGCAACCAUAGUGCAGUGCUACAAAUAUGUGUGUUCUCCUAAUUGUCACUGUAGACUCCCCUGGAAUUAUGCAUUGUAAAUAAACAUUACAUAGAUGUCUUAGAUUGAACAAUUUUAACAAUAAACAUUUAGAUGCAAAAAAGUGCCAGUAUAUCCAUUAACACAAUCUAUUUUUCGAUAUAAUAUGCAAUAUUAUCUUAUAGGCAAUUAUUUGUCACAUACAUUUUGUAUAUAGAAGUAAAAUGUCACUGUUUUAAUCUUAGCUAAGAAUAUAGCAUCAAAUGUUUAAAAAUUUCAAAAUUAUCUAAAUAUUAUAUGAAACUGAAUGAAAUGAAAAGCAAUUUUUUACUGGCUGAUUUUGUACUAUGAUUGUUGUAAAAAAGAAGCAAAUAAGUGGCUCAUUGAUAUUAUUUGUUUCUGACGAUAGCUUUGAGCUAUCUAUUUAUACAUUGUACAUCCUUUGGAUUUGGUUUAUAUUUGCGUUUUAAGUGCUUUUGUGGUCACUUUUAAGUUCUAGCUGUAUCAGAUAUUAGAUUACGUUAAGUAUGUACCGUCGUAUUAUGAAGAAACAUUAUUUUUAUUUAGGUAGGUAUCUAUUCCCAAGAAUCUUUGACUAGUGAAUUGUAUCUUGUAAAACGUAUGUGAACGAAAUUAAAGUUUUCCACUAAU